AUGCCUCCGCUAGAGAAGCCUCAGCUGCAGAACAAACCGUUCAAACUGAGGAAGAGUUUCGCCACCAGGAGGCAGGAGGUGGCGGGAAUCCGAGCCAAGUUCCCCAAUAAGAUCCCGGUCAUCAUCGAGCGGUUCGACAGAGAGAAGUUUCUUCCUCCUCUGGAUAAAACCAAGUUCCUGGUUCCACACGAGCUGAGCAUGACGCAGUUCAUCACCAUCAUCAGGAACCGGAUGGCUCUGCUGCCCACGCAGGCCUUCUACCUGCUGGUGAACAACAGCGGCCUGAGCAGCAUGUCCCUCACCAUGGCGCAGGUGUACAAAGACCACCAGGACGAGGACGGCUUCCUCUACAUGACCUACGCCUCGCAGGAGAUGUUCGGACACUGACCCGUGGCUCCAGCUUUUAUUCUGUGUUGAAGGCUGCCGGCCUCAAAUCUGCUGUAAA